GUCGCAGUCAGCUGUUGAGUGCGAAUAGAAUUUAUUAAAAAUAAACAGCUUUGUGUGCAUUAUGUCGGAGGAAAUCGUUUUUGAUUGCCUACAUGCAGAAAUAGUCAACUACUGCCUCAAUAACAGUAAGGAUCAACACGAUCUGGCCACCUUGGAGUAUAUUGGCUUCACAACCGGCUAUCGCCUGAUUGAGCGACUCACACGCGACGUCACCCGCUUUAAGGACGAACUGGAGACCAUGAAAUUUAUAUGCACCGACUUUUGGACACUGAUUUACAAGAAACAAGUGGACAAUUUACGCACCAAUAACCACGGCAUGUACGUGGUGCAGGACAAGGCAUUCCGUUUUCUUACACGCAUCUCACCGGGGGCCAAGCAGCUGGAGCAGGCGCCCAAAUUUGUGGCCUUCACCUGUGGAUUGGUGCGCGGCGCGCUCAGCAAUCUUGGCAUCAAUAGCACAGUUACCGCGGAGGUGCAGACAAUACCCGCCUGCAGGUUUCAUAUAGAGGUCAAUAGAAGUUAGAUAUAUUAUUCAUAGUAUUAUAAAUAAAUAAUAAAUAUAAACAAAAUUCA